CGACGUCGUUCCUUUUUCAUUAAGGCCUUUUUCAAUAAAUUAUAAAAAAUAAUUAAAAGUCAAAAAACCCUUUUUCAUUAAGAUACAGCUGAAAGUCAAAACCCCUUUUACCUUUUUACCAGUAUAGCAAAAGAUGGAAUUCGAAUUCGAACCCUUUCUCUGGUUACUCUUUUUGUUCGUGAAUUUGGGCCUUAUAGCUCUCAAUUACAUCCAGUUCUUUGUUUUGACGGAUUUGGAGGAUGACUACUUGAAUUCAUAUGAAGCCUCGUAUCGGAUCAACCGUGUGGUUGUAUAUGAGUAUUUGUUGCACGGUGCAUUCUGCAUUCUGUUCCUGUUGACAGGGAACUGGUUCUUCUUCCUUGUUACGCUUUUCCCAGCUUAUAUCAACGCCGUGAAAUUCAUGAAGGGACAGCAUAUCAUUAAUGUAACUGAGAUUGUAACGGUUCUAAAUGCUGAGAAGAAGAUUCGAAAGAUCAAGCUGGGCUUCUAUGUCCUUCUCUUUGUAGUUAUUAGCAUGAGGUAUGGUUUCUUUCCCUUGGGAACUUUUAUGAUUAUAUACACGCUGCAUUUUCUGCUUUACAUUUUCCUCGUACAAGUUACUUGCUUUUUUGGCUGCAGAAUUUAUUUCGCGGGGACAUUUUCAUUUCUGAUGUCUGUCUUCCAUCAAAGCAACGACGACAUAGAUAUCCGCUCCUCGAUUCUGGAAUUUUAGGAUAGAAAAUCUUAUUAGCUCCGAAUUAGGAACUGAUGCAUUUUUUAUUUUCCCCCCUUUGUACAUGGCAUAGAUCUUCUUAACUGAUUUUUGUAUAUCGCUAUCACUAGUUUGUUCACGUUCUUCAGUUCCUGUAACCUUCUCGUAGGAUAUUGUCUCAGUGCAAUUCGGAAAUUUAUUAUGAGUAUAUAAUGACAA